CACUACCACGCGUGGGUCGAUGGCGAAAUCCGUCAUCGAGAUCCUAGUCUGGACAAUCUCAUGUACAGAAAGGACGACAUAGGCAAGAUUCACGGUGUUCUUAACGACUGGGAUCUCGCCACCAACGAGGAAUCACGGCACGAUGGCUCGGAACGCAUGGGGACACUGCCCUUCAUGGCCCAAGAACUUCUAGAUUCUAUCCACUGGAAGCUGCCCAUUGAGCACCUCUAUCGCCAUGACCUAGAGGCUUUCUACUCGAUCCUGAUCUGGUACUGC